CUGACGAUAGAAGAUGAGAGAGAAUCGUACGGCUACGCGUUAUUUUAUUGGACGAUGCUGGUACGACCAGUCUAAAGUUGGGCCGGCGCGCCGGCCCCUAGUAGUGCCCCAUAUCUAUAUCGUCCAGGCCUAGCCCAGCUUGUUUGAGAAAGAAAAAUGGGCUAACACUAGCUCAGCCCAAAUGCAUCCGCGAGAAAGACCUACCUACGAGUCUACGACUCCUCCUUCCGCCGCCGUCUCACAACCACAGUCCACAGUUCCCUCCACCACGGUUCCAGAGCACCCAGCCGGCAACCAUGGCGGCGCCCGCUAGUGCAGCAGCAUCACCUCCUCCCCACCAUGGCCUCCCGGAUGAGAUCUUCAUCUGGGAGAUCCUCGUCCGCCUGCCCCCCAAAGCCCUCCUCCGCUGCCGCGCCGUCUGCCGCGCCUGGCGCAGCGCCACCUCUGCCCGCGACUUCCUCCUGUCCCACCACGGCCGUCAGCCCACCCUCCCCCUCCUCCACUGCUACAACUUUGUCGGCGACGAAGUUGGCUCCCUAGAUAUCAUCCCCUUUGACCACCGGGCAGGGGUCGUCGCCGCCGACCAGCUACAGUCCGUCGCACGGCUUGGACACGCCUUCUUCCGUCCGUUGGCCUCCUGCGACGGCCUCGUCGUCCUCACCAAGAACUACGCCCGCUUCUCCAUCUGCAACCCGGCAACUCGUCAGUAUGCUCCACUCCCUCUGCUUUCUGACUUCAUUUUCUUGGGGAUGUACCAGCACGGCCCUACCGGCGAGUACCGGUUUUUGCUGGGACCUGAAGCUCAAGAUGGCUGCUUUGUCUACACAUUAGGCUCCGGCCUGCCCCCGAGGCACGUCGACAUAGACUGCCCCGAUGUGGAGGAAGAGGAACUGAUAUACCCCUCCGGAUCUGUCCUGUUCCAUGGUAGCCUGCAUUUGUGCAUAGGCAAUAUGAUAAUUGCAUUCAACACCACUGCUGAGUCGUUCUGUCAGAUGCGUGCUCCAGUAGAUCCUUGGGGCGCUGACCUGUUUGAGAUGGAAGGAAUGCUCGGAAUGUCCAUCUACAAUGAUGCGUCGACAUCCAUUGAUAUAUGGAGGACGCAGGACUACGAAAGCGAGGUCUGGGCCUUGAAAUACCGGGUUGAAUUGCCGGUUGCAGAGUUUGGAAACUUUAGCAAACAUUUGUGGGUGGUGGUCGUCUCUUCAGACGGUGAUGUGCUUGUGCUAGUCAAAGUUGACGAUCGGCUACUUCAGAUUGACGUGGAUGGCAAGAUGGUUGCCAGUUUCCAUCGCAGAGGUCUGGGCCCUACUCGACAUCGGCUCAAGCAAACUCUAGUUUCACAUACAUUGUUUCCGCCACUAGAAGGUUACCUUGUGAACUCUUUGCCUUUCCUUUGACCAGAUGAUUAUUUUGUGUACAUUAGAAAUUAUUUUGUGAACAUUAGCAUUUCAUCUGAGGGCAGUUGAGUGUGGUGCUGCUGCUUAACGGCCUAGCUAUCCAUAUCCACAUGAGCUGCAGUACGUAUUAACUGAAUCCGCUGUGAGCCUGCUAGCUUCUCUGUUGAUUUACAAUAAGUUCUGACCAAGAAGCUUUGAUUGUUACAUCGUUGCUGAAUAUCCUUUUGGUCUGGAGGGGCUGCCGUGAGUGUUGAUCAUUUUGCAGCAUUUUGAAAUGUUUGCCAAUUGCCCUGACUCAUGUUUAUGUUUUCUUGAAUUGAAGAAUGACCAUGCUAUCUUUCUUUGUACACCCUCCGUCCCAAAAUUCCUGUCUAACAUUUGUCUAGAUAAGGAUGUAUCUAACACUAAAACAUGACUGCAUACAUCCAUAUUUGGACAAAUCUAAGACAAGAAUUUUGGGACGGAGGGAGUAUUAUAUAGUGGUUUUUAUAGUACUCAAUCGUUAGCAAUAUAGCUGCCUCUUGUCUCUGUUUAUUGAAUUGAAGAAGUGCAUUUCCUUUUAUCGAGGUUUUCUUUUACAGAGAUUACCCGGUAGUCUUAUUCACACUAAAAUUUUGCAAAUAUACAUGACUUUCCUGUUUCUAUGUUUUGUUUUAGCUGUGGAUGAAUGAGGCAGAUUAUCCUCCUUGUUGAGUAGCGAGUUGCACCUGAGUUUUUAUGAGAGUUCGGAACACUAGUUAAAUUGAAAGAUUGCAUUAUAAUUCUUGUUAAGUAUUGGAACAUAUACUAUAGUUCUUCCUUUGCUGCAUCAUUUGGAAUUAUAUUUAUCAUUUCACUUUAGCGGCUAACUAUUUUAAGGAAUCAAUGCUUCAUGUGAUGUUCGAUCUUACAUAUGCUUGAGAAAUGGAACUUGUACUGAUGAACAGAAGAAAGAUUUAUCAUGGUCAGGCUCAAGUCCAGAUUGUGUUCCCCUUUAGACUGACAGCCAUAUUAUUUUUUCUAGCUAUGACAUGCUCAAUACAUAUGAAUUGGGUCCACUAAAUAAUUGCAUUAGUCAACUUUCAAGUAAUGUUCUGUUGCAGUUCAUUCUUGUUCAUAAUUCGAUUGCAUCUGGUUAGAUAAUGAAACAUAGUGUUAUAGUUUUGCCCUUGUGUUGCAUUGUUUGGAAUUAUAUUUAUCAUUUCAGUUUAGCCGCUAACCAUUUUCAGGAAUCAAUGCUUCAUGUUAUGUUCGAUCUUAACAUGCUCAAGAAAUGUUGUACUGAUGAGCAGAAGAAAGGUUUAUCAUGGUUAGGCUCAGGUCGCCGAUUGUUUCCUUUUAGACAAUGUAGCUGGCAGACAUGCCCUUUUUUUUUCUGUGACCGGCGCAAUGCGUAUGAAUUGGGUCAAGUAUGAGCCGCCUAGUUUGUUUUUGAUGUAUACAAGUUAUGAUCAAGAAUCUCUGACUGUUUCAUGGUUGCAUGAAAUUUAUACUUGCCUGAAUAUCUGUUUGGUUUGAAGCCGCUAGCAUGUUGAUGCUUAAAUUGUGAA